AGAGGAGACAGCAGCAGCUGCAGAAGAAGAAGAAGAAGUGGCGGUCUGUUUUUGUCUAGCUUCAGUUUUCGGUAUUUCUCUCUCCCGGUGUUGCCAUGGAGGAGAUGACCCGUCUCAUGUCAACAGGUGACUCGGUGAAGUUAUGGGAUACGGUUACCAUGGCGCCGCUGGAGCAGUUUAACCCUCACAGCAUCAGUCAUCCAGUCGCCCAGGCCUGCUGGAGCUCCAACAACCAGUUCAUGGUGAGCGCCAGCAGCAGCGGAGACAAGCUGGUGGUUUCCAGCCUGAAGGCUUCACCUGUUCCUGUGGUGGAGCUGGCUGAGGGAAAGAAGCAGACCCGAGUAGCUCUGAGCUCAUCGUCUCAGUACCUGGUCAGCGGAGGUCUGGACCACUGCGUCCACAUCUGGAACCUGAAAACCACCAGACUGCACCGCUCUCUGAAGGACCACAAAGAAGAGGUGACCUGUGUUUCCUUUAACGCCAACGACAGCUGCAUCGCCUCCGGCUCCACCAGUGGAGAUCUGGUCCUGCACAGUCUGACCACCAACCUGUCCAGCAAAGCCUUCGGUCACGGCAGCGAGCAGCCGGUCCAUGACCUGAGGCUCUCCCAGCUGAAGCGCUCCCUGCUGGGCAGCAUCUCAGACAGCGGCACCGUGGUGCUCUGGGACUCUAACACACAGAAGGAGCUGCAGGUGUUCGACGGCGCCCACAAAGCGCCCGGGUCCGGACUCGCCUUCUCCCCCAUCAGCGAGCUGCUGGUCGUCAGCGUCGGCCUGGACAAGAAGAUCGUCUUCUACGACACGGCCAGCAAGAUUGUGGUGCGGUCCAUCCGGGUGGAGAACCCUCUGACGUCGGUGGACUUCACCCCUGAUGGAACUGGUCUGGUGGUGGGAUCCAGUCGGGGGAAGAUCUACCAGUACGACCUGAGGAACUGUAACGCCUCCACCAGAAUCACUGUGGCCCAUAAAACCUCCGUCACCUGCCUCCGCUUCCAGAGCGCCGCCACCCGGCACAAGAGCUCCACUAAGAUCUCCAGCACCAAGCGAGCCUCCAGCAAACUGUCCAGCGGCCAGCAGGAGCCCCCCCCCCCCAGACAGACCACAGGAGGCGCCGCUGCAGAGCUACUGAGCAGAGAGGCUGAAGGCCAGCAGGGAUCCGAGCCAACAACCACCGACAGCUUCUCUCCUGCAGUAACCAGCUCGAAGCUGCUGUCCAGAGACGGGGAGGGUCAGCAGUUCAUCGGUCGCGGCAGUUUGGACAUUUUCUCCCCAGUCAGAGAAGUAACCAGCAUGGAGCAGCUGUCCAGAGACGGGGAGGGUCAGCAGUUCAUCGGCCGCAGCAGUUUGGACAUUUUCUCCCCAGUUAGAGAAGACUCUAGGACCCAGGGGACGCCUGCUGACGCACCUUUCGGACGGACAGCAGUAACCAGCAUGGAGCAGCUGCCCAGAGACGGGGAGGGUCACAAGUUCAUCGGCCGCGGCAGUCUGGACAUUUUCUCCCCAGUCAGAGAAGACGCUGACUCGGGGAACUCGCACCGUAAGACGCCCCUGCUGGCUUCGGGGGGGCGCUGCUACAGCCCGCUGUCCGUCUACCAGACGCCCCCGACCAUCAGAGAGGAGGAGCCAAUCAGUGCCGCAGCUGCCGAACCAUGUGACUCCAGAAAGACGGAGAAGACCAGCGGCUCCAGCCUGGAUGAUCAGACCACGCCCACCCCAUCCCAGCCAACCAAUCACAGCCAGCCGGCCCCGCCCUUCUUCACUCCAGAUCCCAGCCUAAGGAGAGCCAAUGGGAUUCAAGCUCAGCUGAGCUACGACUCACCUGUCCAAGAAGCUCCGCCCACCGCUGCCGCUGCUGCAGACGUGUCCUCCUCGCUCGCCCCCUCCCUACCCGGCCAGUCGGCUCCUCUGACGUCUCUCCAGGUCCAUUUCAUCCAGAACAUGAUCCAGGAGGCGGUGGAUGAGUGCAGAGAGUCGUGCCACAGAGACAUCAUCAACCUGCAGGUGGAGAUGAUCCGACAGUUCUACAUCCAGCUGAACGAGAUCCACGGCCUGGUGGAGAAGUAUUCAGUGAACGAGUCUUUGGUGGAGGAGAUCGAGAAGCUGAGGGAGGAGAACCGGCAGCUGAGGACCAACUACUGACCUCUGACCUCUGACCGAUCGUCGUUAAUAAUCAGACUGUAAAGAGUUAAUAACUGAUUUAUAACUCUGUAAUAAUCUAUAGUGAGAUAUAAACUUAUUAACUCUUUAUAAACUGAUUAUUAAUGAUUAAUAGAGGAUUCAUCUUUUGGUGAAACGUUUGUCUACAGAAUA